AUGAACCCCACGUCAUCAGGAGUUCAGGUGUUAAAAGUUAAGAAUAUGACUUUUUUUGGCUGUUUAUUCUUGUACUCUUCUAAGGUGCUGAUGAAGACUAGGAUUGUACAGGUCAAAAUCUUCGUUAUGAGACUUAAAAACAUCACAGUCAUUUUACAUUGUCCUGCGGGAGUAUUGGAAGAUGAAGAGCCACUCCCGGAAGAUGAGCUGCCAGAACACCUGCGAUCUCCCCCCAACAUGAAAUUCGACCCGAGCAACAUCGGAGACCCAGAGCAGUUGCUGAAGAUGAGCAAGAAAGGCCGCACCCUCAUGAUGUUUGUUCAGGUCAAGGAUGAACUCACUCCCGAGAAAGCAGAAGACAUCACAAAGCUCUGGCAGAGUGCGCUACAUAAUAACCAUAUACAGGCAGAGAGGUACAUGGUUGACCAGAGAAGAGCAAUCUUCAUGUUUAAGGAUGGUGCUCAGGCGUGGGACGCAAAGGACUUCCUGGUCGAGCAAGAAGAGUUUAAGGAGUGCUCGAUAGAGAACAAGGUCUACCACGGACACUUUACUCCUGAGGUAGGAACAUCUUGUGUGAAUUGAGUGUUCGUGCGGGUG